GGGAUUUGAGCCUUCUGAGAAACUUGUCUGGUGGGUUUCAGCACUGAACCAAGAGUGUAACACAACCUCAACCUGAAAGUUGUGGUAGAGCUGGCAUCAAAGGGAUGGAGCUGUUGUGCUGAUACUGGAGCUACUGCGCUUCAUUCAUUGGAGGAAUGGAAGAAGAACAAAUUGAUUAAGGGAAGGUCCUGAGGCCCCAAGCCAUGAUUCUGAAGCCAGGCUCUCAUGAACUCUCCGUUCAGAACCUUUGGAAAAUAUCCUUUCUGAGUGCUGGGCUGAUAUUCUUGGCAGUGGCAGCCACGGGAUCGCUCAUUGAGCCCCACGAGGGCAGUGUUGCUGGAGGAACCUGGAUUACCAUUCCCCUGGAUGGCUUAGUAUCCCACCAUACGGAAUCUGUCUCUCCAGCCAGUGUGUCCCAGCUGGAGGUGUCUCUGGUGAAUCCAGACCUGCCCAGGCUGCCCUGUGAUGUCUCUCCUCUGUAUUUUGACUUACCCACUAUAAGAUGCAGAACAAGGUCUUCACCCCAGGAGGGUCUGUACUAUGUGGAGGUGAUCUUUAAAGGAUGUGUGAUUAACAACCUGACUGGGCUGGAGAAAGAGAAUUAUUCUUUCAAGUUCUCUGCUGAGCAGACACCUGUGGUUUACCAAAUCAAUCCACCAUCUGGCACCCCAGGAAAUUUAAUACAGAUUUAUGGGAAGACAAUUGCUGGAAGAUAUGAGACCCUCAGCUUCAAUGUGGAUUAUAUUGAUGGGCCAGCUAUCCUUACAGCAAAUGGAUGGACCAGUCUCUGCUCUUUUGCUGACAGAGAAGCGGGAAACAUUUACCCCAUUUGGGCAGAGGAUGGACGGGGGACCCUGCAGUGCCGGGUGGAAGGGAACCACAUAGGGUCCCACAACAUCAGCUUCUCGGUGUUUAACAAAGGAAAGUCAGCAGUACACAAAGGUUCUUGGCUCAUCAGUGCCAAACAGGAGCUUUUCCUGUAUCAAACACAUUCAGAGAUAGCCUCCGUGUUCCCAGCUGGAGGGAGCCUUGGAGGGGGCACUGAUCUCACUGUCACAGGGGAUUUCUUUGAGGAACCGGUGCAGGUCACUGCUGCAGGUGUCCCCUGUAAAGUCAAGCACGUCUCUCCCCAGCAAAUCAGAUGCACCACUGAGCCUGUAGGCAAGAACAGGAGAACUGGUGCCCCCCAGCCAGGAAACAGAGGGCUUCUCUUUGAAGUCUGGGAUGAUGCCUCUGAUCUGACAGAAGCAGGUCCUGGAUACAGAUGGCAGUUUGUACCUAAUGCCAGCUCCCCAGUAAGGUUCCUGUCUGAGGCAAAGAAGUCCUUCAGUUCCAGGCUUCAUGGAUUUUUUGUGGCUCCUCAGACCAACAAUUAUACCUUCUGGAUUCAGGCAGACAGUCAAGCAUCUCUCUACUUAAGUUUGUCCCAAGAUCCAGAACAUAAGGUGAGAAUUGCUUCUCUCCCUGCUGGCAAUUCAGAGUGGUCUGAGAACUGGGCGAAGAACUGGAGUGAAAUUUGGCAGCCAAAAUCCCAGAAAUUUGAGCUGACUGCUGGUUCCAGGUACUACCUGGAAGCACUACAUCAUGGCAAGACACCCAGCAGUGGGAUGAGAAUUGGAGUCCAGAUACAUAACACGUGGCUGAACCCCCAUGUGAUGAACAGCUACUUCAUCGAGAGACAUGAAAUUCGGGCUCGUGCUUUGCAUCUUCCAGAAGUGCAGAUGUUGACUGUGUCUGGUACAGGGUGUUUCAGUAUCUCCUGGAAUAACACACGGCACAAAAUGAUCUCCACAAAUGCUACAGCUCACCAGGUGCAAACAGCAAUAGAGGAACUUCUUUCAGUAGGAUGUGAAACUGAGCCAACUUCUGCUAAAAUUCUUUUCCGCAAUGGUUUUGAGAAAGAAGAUACAAAGAACAUCAUUACCACAGGAAGCACUGUCAGUGGAACGGAGCCUUUCUGUGGGAGGUUCAGUGUUCACAGACCAAGCCAGCUGGUGAAAACCUCCCCAUCAACACUACCAAGAUAUGACCUUACUGAAUAUACACACGUGUGUUUUGCUCACAAAGGCCAUAUGAGUAACGUCCUUCUUAUCUCUGUGUCCUACACUAAUGUCUCUUCAUGUUCAGUGACGAAGAACUUCACUUGCCUAUGGGAUUUCAAUCACACUGAAUCUAGAAGAUGGACAUUCACCUGCACUGACCUCUGGAAGAGAUGUGUGAAUCUCUCCACGCUUGUCCAGGACCUCCCUGCCGGUUCCCCCGUGUUUGUACAUGGGAUAGACUUGCAGAAGGAAACAUCUGGGUCAUUUUACCUUGAUGAAGUCAUCAUUGCUGACAGAACUGUGACUGUUUCUCAGAGGGAUCCCAAGCCCCCUCAACCAGGUGGGAAGAUGAUUGAAUCAGUAUCUGUGGUGGGGUCUCCUCCAACUUACAACGUGUCCUGGGUGGUGUCUGGCUGCGGUCCAAGCCUACCUCUUCUCUCUCCAAGAGGUGCAUUACUUGGGGAGGGCUCUGAGGAGUACGGACACCUCUCUGUCUCCACGGAGGAUGUGAGAGUCAGCCUUACCAUCCAGAGACUGCAGAAGUCAUCCCCACCCCUUGGAGGGACCUUCCACAUCCGCUUGGCCAGUACAGUGAUACCAGAUGUUUCGGUGCACAUCUCCUCCCACCACCUCCGCAAGCUUUUGCAGGACAACGUAGACAACUCUACCGCUCCCUACUUCAACACAAGUGACUUCAUCGUGACCAAGGACUUGAACUCGUGCUAUGAAAAAGUCUGGACUCUGACUUGGAAAAAGGCAACUGGGGACUUGCCCAAUGUUCUCAGUGUCUCUGCCAAAAACCUCACUGGUCUGAAGGCAACUGUUUCUACUCGUGUGGUUUAUGAUGGGGGUGUGUUUAUUGGACCCAUAUUUGGGGACAUGCUUGCUACCCCCAAUAACAAAACACAGGUGGUGGUGGUGGUGAAUGAUGUCCUUUCAAACUGUUCUGGCUCGUGCUCUUUCCUGUUCAGCCAGGAAUUGACACCCACAGUCAGUGAUGUGGAGUAUUUAUCAGAUGAGGGCCCCCUGGCCACAGUGGUUAUCAGGGGAGAUGGCUUCACUGAGGAGAAACCAGCACUGCAGGUGGAGGUGAACAGCACAACCUGCCACGUCACAGUGUCGAAUCAAACCAAAGUGGUUUGCCAGCUGGAGAGGCUGCCAGUGGGAAUCUACCAGCUGGCACUACUGGUGAGGCCUUAUGGAUUUGCACUCAAUGGCAGCACAGGAGAAGGAAUCUUCCUGAGGGUGGAGCCAAAGCUGGUCGCCAUCGAACCUCCUGCGACUUCAGAGAUCGGAGGACUGAGAGUGGCUCUCAGGGGGACCAACCUGGAAGGGAUAAACGUGGUGUUGUUUGGAUCUCAGCCUUGCCCAGUUUUGGAGGAUAGCAGAAAUUCAACCAGAAUUGAAUGUAAAGUUCCUUCUCGGGGGACAGAGGAUGCUGCUGCCCAUGUGACAUUGAUUUCUGGGUACCAAUCAACAACAGUAACCAACUUGUUCCGAUAUGAUCCUUCCUUAAACCCUGCUGUUGUAUCCCUGAGCAGGAACAGAAGUGGCAUAGCAGGAGGGGAGGAGCUUCAGAUUGGGAUAUCUCACUUUGCCACCUACCGAGGUUCAGAUGUCAAGGUGCAAAUUGGAGACUCGUGGCCACAGAUCCAGGAGCAGACAGACCACGGUGUUCAUGUGACACUUCCAGCCUUGGCUGCAGGGUGGCACAAUAUUUCUGUCACCAUCAGUGGUAUCGCUAUUGCUUCGAACAGGACUGAGCUGUUAAUCCAGUACCUCUCCGAGAUCUUCAGCGUGGAGCCGUGUUGUGGCUCCUUUCUGGGUGGAACACUGCUCACAAUCUCUGGAGUGGGCUUUAGCCGAAAUCCUGCCCUGGUUUCUGUUUCAAUGAACAACCAAACCUGUCCAGUUACUCACGUGGUAGAAGAGACAAUUUGGUGCCUGACCCCAGCAGCUGCUAAUUUGUCUAAUGAAGAUUCACAAGACAUCUCUGUCAGAGUAAACGUCGUCAUCAGCAGCAGAUCACUUAAAUACUCUCUCUUGGCCAAAAGGACCACCACCUUUACCUACCAAAGAGCUUUGACUCCCCUUGUUACAUUUGUUGAAACAGAAACCACAGACAGCAGCCUGCUUUUGAGCAUCCAGGGGACAAACAUCACUGGAUCUGUGGCUAAACUUGGAGACAGUGAAUGUCAACUCGAGUUUCAACGUGGCAACAAGUCUGCAACGUUUUAUCAGUGCUCUUUGCCACUGAACAGCCUGGAACCUGGGACUUUCCCCAUCCAGGUUAUCCACAGGCAGCUGGGAUAUGCUCAUGUGACAGCAAGGCAGCAGGCCCUUACAGUAACGCCACGGAUAACCUCCAUAUUCCCAGCAAAGGGAUCAAUCUGCGGUGGGAUGUUGCUCACUAUAUCUGGCACUGCUUUAAAAUCCAGGAGGAAUUUGGUACAAGUCAGCCUGGAGAGUAAUUAUUCCUGUGAGAUCCAGAGGUCUGAUAACAAUGCCAUUAGUUGUGUUGUCCUUCCAGCGUCACAUCCUUUGCGUUCUCAGGGGCUGGAUGAGGCAUCCCGGGCUCUCAGUGUCACAGUGACUGUCAAUGGGGUCAGCAGUGUGUGCCUUGGGGACUGUACACUCCACCUCCACGAGCAGUGGACCCCCCUGGUACAUUUGGUGACCUGGAAGACCAAUGGGACACUCACCUAUGUGACAGUCAAAGGACAGAGAUUGGCCUGGCCAAGCGACAGGCCCCUGGUACAUGUGAACAGCCACACUGUCUGCAAGGUCACGUUCUGGAACGACACCAUCAUCGAGUGCCAGACAGCCUGCCUUGCCCCAGGGGAGCACAGCGUUUCCAUAUCCAACAGGAAAAGUGGGAAUGCUUGCUUUAGGGCGGCAUCGAGUGUUCUCCCCAUCCUGCCUCGGGUGGAUCGGUUCUACCCACAAAACUUCAGCGUCAACGGGGGAGGUCUGCUCACCUUGACAGGCUCAGCACUGAAAGGGCAGAGAACAACUUCUGUUCUCAUAGAUCACCACCCUUGCCACGUCCUCGGUGUCACCUGUGCUGCUCUCCAGUGCACGGUGCCUCCGGGUAACGGCAGCAGAGCUCUGAGUCUAAAAGUGGAUAAACAUUUCUAUUACCUUGGGACAAUAAGUUACAGUGAGGAGUUUGCCCCAGCUCUCCAUUCACUUGUUGUAAGUGGCCUCCUUCUAACGAUGACAGUGUCACGGGCCACAGAGAUGGACACCAUACACGUGUUUGUUGGAGACUUUGCUUGCAGUCGUGUCACCAUCGCUGGCUCCACGUUGCAGUGUUCAGCUCCUCCGCUCCCUGUGGGUGAAUAUCCUGUGCUGGGCCUGGAUAUCCCCAGGGGCUGGGCUUCCUCCAACCUGACGUUCACCUCUGAGCUGACGGUGACAGCUGUGAGUCACAACUGGGGUGGCUUGAGUGGAGGAGCAGUUUACCUGCAUGGGAGUGGGUUUUCCCCUGGGAAGACUUCGGUCACAGUCUGUGGCACCAACUGUGAACCUUUGGGCAAGACAACUGUGACUGAGCUGAGCUGCCUUGCCCCACGCUUACAUGCUUCUUUGGCCACUCUCUGUGGCCUGACACCUUCUUCUGCUGACUGCAGAGAAGACAGAGCCACCUUCAUUGAAUGUGAUAUCCAAGUGACAGUGGGUCCCCACCAGCAGAGAGGAUCUGUGUCCUACCUCUAUGUCUGCGAGGACAGCCCCGCUCGGUGGCAUCACAGGGACACCACCCCACCCCAGAGGUGUUUUGCUGGACUCUUUGCCAGCCCUAAAGUGGAAAGAGAUGAAGUUCUCAUCUAUAAUAGCUCCUGUAACAUUACCAUGGAAACUGAGGCAGAGAUGGAGUGUGAGGGAGCUAAUCAGCCAAUUACUGCCAAGAUUACUGAGAUAUGGAAAAACUGGGGCCAGAACACUCAGCUUUCCUUGCAGUUUUGUGGCCGGUGGGACGAGGACUCCAGCUGGCCUGCUGGCCACCAGCCGCGAGAUGGCGAUAACGUCACGAUAGAAGAAGGUCGGACGCUGCUGUUGGGUACCAGCACCAGAGUCCUCAACCUGCUGCAUCUCAAAG